AUGCCAAGAAAGAAGAUGUCUCCAGAGGAGCUGGAGAAGGCCUUCAAUGACUUCAAUGGGUCUGAAGAAUGGGCUCUCUGGUACAACCUCAGUACAAAAAUUAUUAGUCCAAAGGAUCAUGAUAUUGAAGAGCUUGAAAGAGGUACAGUUGACAUCAGCGGAAACUGGCAGCCAUUUCUAGAUGAUUGGUUCAGUCUUGUGUGCAAAUUAAAGGUUCCUCAUAAAUCUAAGAAGUACGAUCAAUUUUACAUAAGAACCAUGUUCUUCCCCAGACAAGAAGCUAUCCAUAUCGAUGGAAUUAAAUAUGAAAUUCCAAACCAUGUCAGAGUAGAUACUUUCAAUUCCAAAGAAAUGAUAAUAGAUGGUGUCUUUGAGGAGCUAAAGAGCUUGGAAGAAAUGGAGAAAGAGAAUUAUCUAGAAACCAAAAAAAAGCUUAUUGCUAAGCUCAAAGAGUUUGACAAGCAAUAUGUAAAGCAUAUCAAAAAGACUCAUCCUGAGGUGCAAGCUAUUAUCACCCCAGCAAUCGAGCCCCUAUUGAAUCUGCUUGAGAGUAACUACAAUUUCCAUAAGCUUGAGGAAUUAAUGAAGACUCAACAUGAUAUUCCAAAGUUUAGAGUAACUGCUCUGGAAGAAAAGUUCUGUGAACAUAUGGAAAUCAUCUGUAAAAUCCUGAGUGAUCACGGUAAACUUCAGGACAUCUAUGACAUCAAGAGGAUGCUCAACCUUCUGAAGCUAGAUGAUUGGGAGAAUAUUGUUCCUAUGGCUUUCUAUCUGGCUCCUCUAAAGAAGUCUAUCCAUGAAAUGAGAGAGGAACUUCUCCACAUGAGAAGCCUCGGCGCAAACCGUUGCAAAUAUCACGUUGAAGAUAACGAGCCCUUCCACCAACUUGUCAUAAAAAUGGUAAAGAACGACGUUACUGCUCAAUGGUUAAUGGGAGAUCGUCUCAAGAACGACCAGUUGUGCUUCCUCUACGAGGUGAUCAAAAUCAUUUUCCAAAGUAAUUUGAAAAACAAACUGAUCAACAAAGAUAAAAAUCUUAUUGAAAACGUAAUUCCUAGCUUAGCCUGCUUCAAAGGCCUCCUCGUGAUCAGGAACAUCAGGAUCAAGCAAAUAGAGGAAGCUAAGAAAGAGAAGAAGCGUGCAGAGCACGGACUUCCCCCUACUGAUGAGGAAGAGAAGAUCGGUGACCCUGAAGAAAACAAAGUUAAUGAAGAUCUUGAUGUUGAAGACGAAGAAGAUGAAGAACAAAAGGAAUACAGAGAAUUUAAGAAACAGAAGGAGAAAGAAGAAGCUGAGCAUAAGAAAUAUGGCAGAAAAUGGAUCUGGCAGAAUUAUAUCAGUGAGAAUAGGAAGGAUGACUGGCUCAAUGUAGCUGAGGAUCUCAGGCAUAUUAAUGAUCAUGUAAUUCAAGAUAUCCAGGAUUUCAUACUCAUAUCAGCCUUUCCAAAGGAGAAACAGACUAAAAGAACUGAGCUUGCUAAAGAUGUGGAGGGAUUACUAUUGGAGUCAGAGGAAGUUAAGGCUAAAGAAGAUCCUGAAGAAAUUAAAAAGGUUAAAGAAACAAGAGAUUUUGAGCUAUCUCUGAGGCCACCUUAUAUCUGGAACUUUAAAGAGACCAGAAUGGAUGUUGAAGAGAAAAUAAAAGCAGAUGAUCCUCUCAAGACUCAAGAAGAAAUCGAGAAAGAAAGGUUAGAGGAGGAAGCUAAGAAGGAAGUUGCUCCAUACCUUAUCAAUCCCAAUGCCUUACCAGAGUCCUGAUACAAAUACGAAGAGGAUAUUCAUACCAAUAGAGUUACCAAGCUUCUAAAAGACCUUGAGAACCUGACCUACAACCUCAGAAAUCAUGAGCAACAAAAGUGGAAGACCUUGACUGAUCUUUGCAUUGAUAUUUUUAUCAAAAAGUAGGCUAAGAAUAAGAUCCUUCAAUUGA